AUGAGUUCAGCCCAACAACAGCAACAGCCAACAGCGUCUAAUCAGAUCAGUUCCGGUCGAUUGGGUGAACGAGUUAUCAUCACAACGACAACUUCAUCUGGUGAUGGGAUGCGAUAUACGCUGACAAGACCAUUUUUCGGUGGCGGUUCAGUGGAUACGGAAUGUAGAAAUGCCGCUGCAUCUGCCGAAGAGAAAUCAAAAUCAUGCAAGGCAAGCUCAGAUGGGAGCAGUUCGAAGAAGAAGAAAACCAAUAAACUCUACAUAUCUGCCAAACCGCACCAAAAAUCUUCGUCAGCCUCAACUGUCGUUGUAAAAUCGCUGACCACUGGCUGUUAUGCGCAUGUACUUGGCGAUAAAACAGUCCCAACAAAGCAACUUGAACAAAAGACUUCUUCUGAUGGCACCAGUGGCGCUAAUCCUAAAACAAAGACUAGAAGUAAGUGGGGUUGGGGUCAUUCAGGUAAAGAUACCAGUAAUGCCACGAAGAAGUCGGANGUGAGUUAUCCGUCUACAACAUGUCGCGUGGCCAGUAUUCUGACGACGUAUUCGGCGGCCAAUUUGCCGUCUUGUAGCAACUACGAUAUUACCACAAGCACGACUAGCACAACUAGCAGUAGCUCAAGUGACACGAGUGUCGAUAACAAUAUUCGUUUUGAUCAAAUCAAGAGAAUCCGGCAGCGUAAUUUCUCGGAUGUCUCGUUGAGAAGUAUGAAAAAUGCCACCUCGGUGGGUGAUAUCCCCUCGUCAUCAUCCCGCAAAUCACCUCCAUUAUCGGCUCUACCGUUGUGCAACGAAAUAGCCGCAUUCUUCGCUUCUGAUACCAUCCAGUCGGCUUCAACCGACAACGUCAAGAAAAGUAUUCAUGUGACGUCGAAUGGAAAGAAUGCGGCUGUUGUCACGUCGACGGCUGUGGCUUGUGCAGAUGCACCGCCUUAUGAACCAUACGUGGCAUCUCGAUCGUUCUCUGACGCAGAAUUCAGAAUCACUGAUUCUUCACGUUCAGCGUCGACUUUUCAUCUGAAUUCGGCUCCUAGUAGCUCUAAAUCUUGCAAUGCUAGAGGUAUGUUCUGUACUCUUCUUCGGCUGUUCAAUUGCUCGAUAGUUCUAUACUUUCUCAUCAACAUUUGUUCUUAA